AUGUGGUCUUAUUCUCCAGUGACCGAACUAAGUUCACCUGAAUUUCUCGAACCUCCACAAUCACAGUCGGUACCCAUGAUCAAUGAUAUUCCUAUUCCAAACUUUGAAAUGGAUGAUUUCUCUCAAGUUCAAGAAAAUGUUCCACAAGGACCGAUACCAAUAUCAUCAAAUUCUUAUGUAGUUCCAUCAAUCACUGUUGAUAUUGCUGCUCAGAUUAUUAAAGGGAAUUACAAAAAGUUUUUUGAACAAGUUAUUGUAGUCGAUUGUAGAUAUAAGUACGAAUAUGACGGCGGACAUAUUUGUCAUGCAAUCAAUCUCAUCACUUAUGAAAAACUCUUAGAAUUAUACCAGAAAUAUCAAAAAGUUAAGACGUGUUUUAUUUUUCAUUGCGAAUACUCUACAAACCGCGGCCCGACCUGGACAUCAAUUUUUAGAGAUAUUGACCGAACACGCAACAAAAUGAUCUAUCCAAAACUAACUUUCGAACACGUUUAUUUGAUAGAAGGUGGGUAUAAAGCAUUUUAUUCCAAAUACGAAUCCUUAUGUUCUGGCGGAUAUACUUCUAUGGAACAGGACGGGUCUCUAGAUCUCAGUAACCUAAAGAAGGCAAAAAGAAUUUAUAAAUCAGAAAUUCAAAAACAUCAUGGCCCGCGAACACCUCAAGUACAUAGAAGACCUGCAGAAAUAAAGGCAUCUCAUAACAUCCUAAGAUCAGUUUCGUUUAGCCAAAAUCUUUAA